AGUAAGAAGGAAAAGUUUAGGAAGGGCCACCAAACCAAAUAUUUAAACCCAAAUUCUCUUCAAUUCUUGCCGUUUUCAUUAUUUUUUUUUCUUCGCCUCUGAAACUGAAACCCUUUCUCUUUCUCAGCCGAAGCUCGGGUAGCUCCGAGCUUUCGUUUUUGCUUUCUGACACUUUUAUAGUUUAUUUUCUCUCCUAAUUUUUCAAUUUUUAAGCCUUAAUUCUCACAAAGGUCUUCAAUUUAUUUUCCCCAGAUUGAUCACUAGAGCUCAAUUCGUCGUUACCGUCUUCGAUUCACUGAUUUUUUCAGCGAAAAUGGCUUUCAUUGGAUUGUAGGGUUUUCUAGAUCGAACCCCUUUUUACUUUCAGAAGACACUAUUUACUUUAUCUUCAUCAGACUAAUCCAAUUAGCAAUUAUGGCUCUUCGGGUUACCGUCUCUUUUUCUGGUUACGUCGCCCAAAACCUAGCUUCCUCGGCUGGGAUUCGCGUCGGAAAUUGCAGAGCUUUGCAUGAGUGUUGGGUUCGGAAUCGGAUUUUUGGUCCUAACCAGAAGGCCGAAUUCGAUCCUUCUGGCUCUGUUCGCAAUUACCGAUGCGAUUUUUCCCAGCCGAAGGCCUCUUCCUGGGGUAGGAAUUCUGCUUCCUUUUAUAGCACCCUAGCCGGAGAAUUUUUGGGGGAUAAUUGUAAAAGUCCAAUUUUGUUGGGUUUGAUCUCGAUCAUGAAGUCAACGGCCUGUGUAACAGGUUCGUCGGCGACGAGUAUGGGCGUUUUUGGGAUUUCACCGGUUAAAGCCACUUCGAUUCUACCCUUUUUACAGGGAUCGAAGUGGCUACCCUGCAACGAAUCGGUUCCAGUUUCAUCUGUCAACGAGGUAGACAAAGGUGGAACUUGUUGUAAUGCUGCUGCUGCUGGGGUUAUGGCUACUCAGAGUGACUUGGUUGGAAAGUCCUUGGAGAAAACUGGCUGGGUAACGCGUUUGAUGAAUUCUUGUUCUGAGGACGCUAAAGCUGUUUUUACUGCUGUUACUGUUAGUUUAUUGUUCCGGUCGAGCCUGGCCGAGCCCAGAUCAAUUCCUUCUACAUCUAUGUACCCUACUCUUGAAGUGGGUGACCGAAUUUUAGCUGAGAAGGUUUCAUAUCUCUUCAGAAAGCCUGAAGUUUCAGAUAUUGUCAUUUUCAAGGCACCUUCAAUCUUACAGAAAUUUGGAUUUAGUUCAGCCGAUGUGUUCAUAAAGAGAAUUGUGGCCAAGGCUGGAGACUAUGUUGAGGUUCGUGAUGGGAAAUUACUGAUUAACGGGGUUGCUCGUGAUGAAGAAUUUAUUUUAGAGCCUCUUGAAUAUGAAAUGCCUCCAUGGUUUGUGCCAGAAGGUUAUGUCUUCGUAAUGGGAGACAAUAGGAAUAACAGUUUUGACUCUCACAACUGGGGUCCACUGCCUGUAGAAAACAUUGUUGGCAGAUCCGUCUUCCGCUAUUGGCCUCCAUCCAAAGCUGGAAAGAAUACUACCACGGCAAUCUCCUGAUGCAUUGCCCCUUACCCUGCAGGGGAAGAAUCUUAGAUGACAAUUCUUUUCUUCAUUUUGAUAAUUGACUACAUAGAUUUUUCAUUUCUCACCCUUGUUUGCUCAUCUUUGAGCAGUUUGUGAAUACUUUUUUUUUUUUUUUUAGUAUUUUCAUCUUAAUUAUGCCUUGUUUCUUGUAACAUUGUUUUGGUGGGUAUCUUGCCCAUCAGCAUGUUUUUAUCUUCUUGUUUAUGGCCCAAUCCUUGGGUGUUGAUGCCAUUCUUUCUGUAAUGACUAUUAAAACUUUGUUGAACAAAUGGGUGGGAAAGACAAAUGAAGAAAGAUUUAGCAAUGUUUUUUUUA